AUGCCUCUACUGUUUAUAUUGACACUUUUCUUCAAAUUUGCGAUUUCAACAGAUUUUGGGGAUUUGGUGAAGACAACAGUUCGAGGAAAUGAGGCAGUUUUAUAUAAUUGCUCGAGUUCCGAAGAUUUGCAAAUUUCGAAUUGUUAUUUAGACUUGUUUAGAAAAUAUAAUUUGAAUGUUACUAGUUUGCCGGGAAGUGAAACUGAUCCUUUUCAAGUUAUUCGAUAUGAUGCGACGAAUAUGUGCAAGUUUGUAGCAUUUUUUGAGCUCAAAAAUUAUUUUGUUUAUUUUUCAAACAGGAACUAUAAAGCUUUGAAGACUUGUGCUAAUAAUGAUGGAUGCUUCAAUUAUAAUACAUUUCGAGCCUUGUUGAAUUCUGAAAUUGAUGCUGAAUAUUAUGUUUCACAGACUGGAUUUUUGGAAUUUUAUUGUUUUCAUGGAAGUGAUUGUGAGUUCCAGGACGGAAUUUGAUCACAUUUUGGGCGAAAAAAUUUGUGCUUAUCUGAAAUUUUUUGGGAAAAUCUUUCGAAAUUUUUUAUUAAAAAAUCUGGAAAUUGUUGUAUUUUCGAACUUUGUGAAUUCAACAUUUUUGAUUUCAUUCAACUAAAUAAUAUUUCAGUCAUUCUUUAUUACGAAUGUAUGCAAACAAUAGAAUUAGAUGAUUUAUCCGAGACAAUUUUCACCGAAUGUUCAGAGCUUGAAGUCGGAACUUGUGAGUGAGUAAAUUUUCUAGAUUUGUUGAAAAGUUUCCUCUCACAAAUAUAUAUUCUCUAGCUCUGUCUCAAAAACAACUCAAUGCGAGCGUGCCGUUGUUCGAAAAUCAUGCAUCUCCCUGAAAGCCAUCAACGCCUAUUGUCAAUAUCAAAAAAUAUUAACUUCAAUGACCGGAUGGAAUCAAUGUGAAUAUAUGCCAUGUGUUAAUUUCUCAUCAAAAUCUACCUCAUUUUUCAUGAUUUUUCUCAUAAUUUAUGUGUAUUUUCUUCACAGGGAAACAAUAAUAUAG